UUUUCUUUGUUGGAUAGUGAAAGAAAAUAUGAAGGUAAAUAAUAGCCAAAUUAUUCUGCUAGCACUUUUAUGUGCUUCACUUUUUCUUGCUUCAGCUCUAGCAGUUGAUGAGACUAAAGCAACAAAUGAAGGCCAACUAAAUGCUGCAACACAAGACCACCGCGGUGGAGGCGAUCGUCAUGGUGGUGGCGGCGGUUAUCAUGGCGGUGGAGGCCAUGGAGGCGGCGGUCAUCAUGGUGGUGGAGGCCACGGAGGCGGCGGUCAUCAUGGUGGUGGAGGCCACGGAGGUGGUGGUCAUGGAGGCGGGGCCUACAAGCAAAAUGAAGUCAACCGCCCUUAA